CGAAGACAUUGUGUCGGGGACAUCACGAAACCUGAGAGAACUGCAGUUUGCUGAGGCUGAGGCAACAUAUGUCGGCCGCAUUAAUGCGUCUAGUAGGUCGCUCGUGGGCAAGGAAGCCACCAAGAAAGCUGUGACAGACGUAGUUGGAGAAUAUGACAUAUUACACUUCGCGACGCAUGGGAUACUGUGCCCCGAGGUCCCGAUGAUGUCGUCCGUUGCCCUCGCAGACGGCGAGGAGCUGACGGUUGGCGAACUCCUAGGCCGGCGACUCAAGACAUACCUUGUAGUCUUGAGCGCCUGUGACACCGGCAUAGGGCAACUCACCGACGGCGAUGAUGUCAUGGGAUUUUCCCGCUCGCUGCUAGCGGCGGGCGUCAAAAAUAUUGUGGUCAGCUUGUGGCCGGUGCACGACCUGGCCACAAGUUUCCUUAUGAAGAGAUUCUAUGAGCAGCUACAGAAGGGCCAGAGAGUAUCUGCGGCACUACGGGAGGCCCAGAAUGUUGUUAAACAGCUGAAGCCGGACGAGAUGGACAGAUAUGUUGUGGAAUUGCGGAAAGAAUGUGGGGAAGAUACUUUUGCACGGUCAAUAGCGCCGGAAAAAGAGAAUCCAUGGCAGCACAAAGUCUACUCCCAGCCUAGAUUCUGGGCGCCAUUCAUCUUCAUAGGACUCAGAUAGCGGCGAUCUUAGGUCGCCCCAGCGCGGCUCUCACUCGCAUGAUGUCCUGCCUCGCCGAGACGAGUUUUCCAUAAGAGCACACAGCUAGAGCCGCCAAGG